UCAGCUGUGAGCGUGGAAAGCGAAUUGUCAAAACGUGAUUUGCGUUUAUCUUCUACACUUUCAAUCGGAAUUGGAGUUCAAAAUUAAAAAUUUAUUUCAAGGAAUUUUGUUUUUAACGUACACAAAUUUGUUUCGCACAUUAAUUUCAAGAAUAGUUAUUUUGGAAGAGAUAACGAAAAAACGAAGAAAAUUUACCGCCGUAAUUUUCAAAAUUAGGCAUGGCACACGCCACACCGCAGGGACCCCAAUUGCUUCACGGCUUCAAACGUUUAACCCGUUUCGAUAAAGGGCUUGGUGCACAGCUGCCUGAAGCCUAUAAGAAAUUCUGGCGCGAAUGGAAGUUAACGACACCUGCUGCAGUCCAUUAUGUGCCAAAAACUGAAGGAUUUGAACGUGAUGAAUUAACAGGUGUAGUGAGACCUGUGCAAGAUAUACCUAUACCAUUAAUUGAUCCCCCCGAAGCAAAUGAUGGCAUCUGGGGAGGAGAAGCUGUCAUCAAGGGUUUCCAAAAGCGCCAUCCGCAAAAAAGGCGUGUACCACAUUUUUGGAUACCAACGCUAAGGCGCUCGGUGGUGCACAGUCAAGUGUUGAACGAGUAUAUUUCAAUGGUGGUAACUGAUCGUACCAUUGAUCAAAUACACGAUUGUCGCGGUUUUGAUCACUAUCUACUAAAGAAUCUUGCGUGU